GAGGCCAGGGCCCCGCCGGCUGGCGGUGCCGGGGUCGCGGGGAGAAGGCGGCGCGCGGCCGGAGGAGGCGAGAAUCCCUUCAUUUAGGAAACAUACGGACACAUGAAAGCUCUGGAAUUGGGGUUUUUGUUGUCAGUGAUGGAAACAUGGUGAACCCUUAGUAGAAAACAUUCUUUUCAGAGAAUCUCCUGGUAUCAUCGGAAAUGUCUUCCUUAAGUGGGAAAGUCCAAACUGUUUUGGGCCUCAUAGAGCCAAGCAAACUGGGCCGUACUCUGACCCAUGAACAUUUGACGAUGACCUUUGACUGCUCUUACUACCCACCUCCUCCAUGUUAUGAAGCUAUCUCCAAGGAACCUAUUAUGAUGAAAAAUUUAUUUUGGAUUCAAAAAAACCCUUAUUCCCAUAAAGAGAAUCUUCAGCUGAAUCAGGAGACGGAAGCCGUUAGGGAAGAACUGUUGAAUUUCAAAGCCAAAGGUGGAGGGGCUCUGGUAGAGAACACGACUGUUGGGAUUAGCCGAGACGUGAAGACUCUAAAGUGGUUUGCAGAGGAGACUGGUGUCCAUAUUAUAUCUGGAGCUGGGUUUUAUGUGGAUGCAACUCACUCUCCAGAGACCAGAGCCAUGUCAGUGGAGCAGCUUACUGAUGUCCUCACUAAUGAAAUUCUCCAUGGAGCUGAUGGAACUACUAUCAAGUGUGGCGUCAUUGGAGAAAUUGGUUGCUCCUGGCCUCUAACUGAGAGUGAGAAGAAGAUUCUUCAAGCAACAGCUCAUGCCCAGGCUCAGCUGGGCUGUCCUGUUAUUAUUCAUCCUGGAAGGCAUCCAAGUGCACCGUUUCAGAUUAUCCGCGUGUUGCAAGAAGCAGGCGUAGACAUCUCCAAAACAGUUAUGUCCCACAUUGAUAGGACUAUCCUUGAUAAAAAGGAACUACUAGAGUUUGCUCAACUUGGCUGUUACUUGGAAUAUGAUCUCUUUGGGACUGCACUCCUUCAUUACCAAUUCAACCCGGAUAUCGACAUGCCUGAUGAUAAUAAAAGAAUUAGAAGAGUGCGUCUUCUGGUGGAUGAGGGCUAUGAAGAUCGAAUUCUGAUGGCGCAUGACAUACAUACGAAGCACCGGCUAAUGAAAUACGGAGGUCACGGCUAUUCUCAUAUACUUACCAACAUUGUUCCUAAAAUGCUGCUUAGAGGUAUCACCGAGAAUGCACUUGAUAAGAUACUCAUAGAAAACCCUAAGCAAUGGCUAACUUUCAAAUAGGAUGGUUGUUUAUGAAUUCACACCUUGAGUAUAAAGCUUGCGGAGGACACUUCUCAGUGAUUUCAAACCCACUGUGAAAUAUUAAUCAGAGCUCUGUAGGACUCAUGACGGGUCGUUUCAUCUUUAGGAGAAUCAGAAGAGUUUUGCCUUCUCAGAAACCAGUUACGACCUCUGUGCCUUUAGGAAGCUACUGACUUAAUUGGGCCUAUUGUUUUGCCUUCACAAAAUAAACACAGAAAUACCAAUUUCCAAACAGUGAUUUACAGUCUGUAUCCUCUUAGUGGAGUCUCGUUUUGCUUUCUUAAUCUAUCAGCUGCACUACUUGAGAAAAUUUAAAGUGUUUCUAGUCAAAUUACCCCCUUCUGGAGCAAUCUAAUGUUUCUUGUAAUAUUGAUGAUCGUACUAAUUAUCCUGCUGUUCUUUAAUUAAUGCUUAAUGAAUAAUAUGGCACUUUAAAAUUGCUUCGGCAGCAAGGGAAGUUAAAUUUUGCAGCUUUUUUUUUUUUUCCAUAGGAUAUUGUAAUACAAUUACCAAUUCACAUUGGUAAAAAUAUUGUGUAAGCUUAAUCAUAUGCCAUCUCCCUUAUCUGUAUUUACUGAUAAUAAAUCAGUUUGGUUGCCUUUGGCUUGCUGGUAUCCAUUUUUGCUGUAAGACUUUGUUGCUUUAAAAAAUUUGUAGAAGGGAGCAUGAACACAUAAUGCUCAAUUAUAAAAAUUCAAUCAUAAAAGUCAAAAUAUAUUACAUAAUAUAGUUUAAUGAAUCAUUACAUUGAUAAUAACAAAGGCCACAGUUUAAUUAAUAAUAUAUAAUGCAAAAAAAAAAAAGAGAAAUGUUAGCCUUAUAUAUAUUCCCUUUAUUUCCUUUACCUUUUAUUUGUUUUUCCUUGGGCCUAAACAGAGAAAAUAAUGCUUAGUUAUCUGAAGAAAAGGUCAGAUCCAUUAGAAAUGACAUUCUGAUUCUAGAGCCUAUUCUUGAAAAGGUACCCAGCCCUGAUGUUUUGUGUAAAUAAAGCCUUUUUAAAACUCA